AUGUGCCGAGUGGGGCGGAGUACGGGCGCCGGGUGACGUGAGGGCGGAGGAGGGAAGGCGGACGGUGGAAAAGUGUGCGCGGCGCUUCUCUCCGGGGUGCCUUCGGAAAGGUUUCGGCCCCCCACCCUUUCGUAGUGAAGUGGUGCUGCCCUUCCCUGUAGCGGUGCGGGCCGAGCGUAAGGCUGGGGUGUUCACUGGCGAGGCGGGGUGUGUGGGUGUCUCCUAGGGAAGAGUUGCCCCGCACGGGAGGAGCAGUUCUCUGGCGCUGUCCCCGCGGCGGGGCGGUCCCUGCCUGCCCGCCCUGGAGCUGUCCGGGGCGAUCCCUGCCUGCCCGCCCGCCUGUGGGGGCCCGGGGUUUAAAUGGGAACCCCGUUCCUGCCCUCUCGUGCCUCAGCUUUUCAGACGCUGUAGCGUUUCCUUGGGGUUGGCUGAAGUGUAGGGUGGUUUUUUCCAUCUCUUUACGUCGUAGCUCUUUACUACAGGACACUGAUUUGUCUGAAAUGAGCGAACACGCUGUCUGUCCGUCCCCAGGAGUGAUGUCCCAGGCGCUGGCGAAGGAGGUCCCGCAGGAGGAGGGCGAGGGCGGCUCCCGCAGGAGCAGCUGGGGGCUGCUGGCCGCGGCCGGUCUGGGAGGUACCCUGGUGGCCCUCUAUGCUGUAGCCACCCCCUUCGUGACCCCGGCCCUGAGGAAGGUGUGCCUGCCCUUCGUUCCUGCCACCGCCGCUCAGAUCCAGAACGUGCUGAAGAUGUUGGAAAACAGAAGUGGCUCCCUAGUUGACAUUGGUAGCGGAGAUGGCCGUAUUGUGAUAGCAGCUGCAAAAAAGGGAUUCCAGGCUGUUGGUUAUGAAUUGAAUCCCUGGCUAGUCUGGUACUCCAGAUAUAGUGCCUGGAGAGAUGGAGUACAUCAGAACACCAAAUUUCAUAUUUUGGACUUAUGGAAGGUUUCUUAUUCCCAUUAUAGGAAUGUUGUUGUUUUUGGAGUACCUCAAAUGAAAUUUUCAUCUUUGACUGGACCUGUUGGAGAUAACAUUAAUGUGGAGAGAGCCCUGGCAUAUGAAGAUGUGUAUUCACUAUAAGAAUUGAAGUACAGUGGCUGUCUGAAAGCACACAAAGGUUACUGAAAGGAGUAGUUAAAUGGCUUAAUAUGAUGUCCUGAUUUAAAUCCAUCCAGCAGUGGAGUACCACACAGAUGUUCACUCACUGCAGUCCACAGAUUCCCCCCGGAGGAUGGGAAAGAAAACUGAAAGAAAGGUCAUACCCAUGACCAUGGAUUGAUAUAGGAAUAGUUUAAUAAUUUAAAUAAAUUAACUCAUAAUAACAACAACAACAACAACAAAAGAGGAGUAAAACCCAAGAAAAAUGAGUGAUGCAUAAUACCCAUGCUUACCACCCAUUGAUGGAUGCCCACCCCAUCCCAGAACAGCGACUGGUCCCUCCUUGCCAACUCUUCCCGGUUAUAUACUGGACAUGAUGUUCUGUGGUGUGGAAUAUCUCUUUGGUCAGUUCAGCUCAGCUGUCCUGGCCCUGCUUCUUGCUCACCUCCUUGUUAGCAGAACACGAGAAAAUAAAAAGUCCUUGGCUUGGACUAAGCACUGCUCAGUAUCUAAAGUAACUAAAACCAUUAGUGUAUUAUCAGUGUUAGUCUUUUCUAAAUCCAAAUGAUAGUGUUGUACCAGCUAAUAGGAAGAAAAUCAACUCCCAGCUGAAAGCAGAAUAUGCUGUUAGUCAAAAUUAUGGAAAAGUUUUUAUAGAAGAGGAAAACUUUAAUAUGGAAAAGGGUUUAGAACACCAUUCAUUACAGUUAAGGGGAAUAUAUGUAUAAAUUCAAAUGCUCAAAUUUGUAAACUUAAUAUAUACUAAAAUGUGGGAGAUGGAUGAUGGGUGCUGCUGCCUAAUAUCUGUUCCCAACAAAAACCUCUCCUGUAGAAAAGCAAGUUGGGUAAACAUUCAGGCAACACAGUCAGAUCCACACACCACACUCAUCGCAGCUGGCUCAGCGAGAGAGGCAAGAAAGGCUCUUUUGGCAAGGUUUUAUUCCAGCAAAGUCAUGUGAAACUGAAGGUAACCCAGCAAGAAAGAGGACAACCCCAUGGAGCAGGCAGCUUAAGAAGGGGAAGGGCUGGAGGGAGGAGCUAAGGGCUGGGCAGGGUGCAGCCACCAGGGGUAUCCAACCAAUGCAGGAACAGGGAAAGGAGAAACCAGGGGAAGUCUUUGUAUGAGUCUUGUCUUUUCCCCCCAGGAGAGCUACUCUAUGGUAGUGACUGGUGUUGCUGGGGCAGAGGACUUGGGAAUUGGCUGAGAGCAGAGAGUUCAUGGGAUGCUACAAUAUACAUUCUUUCUGACCCUACAGAACAUUUGGUAUUGGUGUUGGAAUGAUGUGCAAGUGUCUUCUCAAAUGAGCUGUAUUUCCAAAAUGUCUGAAUUUUGUAUGCCAAGUACAUGGUGCUGCAUACACAAAACUGGUUCAGAUGGAGUAUGAUGAUGACACCAAUGUUUCACACCACAGCCUUGAAUGUGUACUUUUAAAAGCUGAGUAUGACAAAAUGGGCAAAUAUAAUAAGUUGUUUCUUCAUUAACACAAGUGCUGCCUCUGAUUAUAUUAAUAUUUUUUUAAUUUGACUUGUGUUCUGUUUUAGCAUCUGCUGGAAAAUAAACUCCAAGUAAGCCA